AUGUAUACACUAAAAUUAGACAUUGGAAAUGAAAAGUGGAAUAAGCCUCAGGAAAGAGGUAUAAGGGGGACCACAAAAGUAGAUAGAUCAUUAUCUCCAUACAUCAAAUAUGAAUACCAUAAUGGAGAGUCUUUCACUGCGUCACAACUCCUCUACAAUGACGUUCCACUUGAUUUUAUAAUCCCAGAAUCCAAAAAGGAUGCAAAGAGAAUAAUCACUUACUUUUCAUCUGAAAAGAUCCUAUUAGUCGUCCAAAUUGAGGUUAACGAUAGAUGCACCUACUAUGUGAACAAAAAGGUGGAUAAGCCGAUUGAUGAUACUGCGGUCUUUGAGGACUUUGUUACGGUUUAUAGCAGGUCACUUGAGGCAACGGAACUCAAAGAAAUCAUGAACAGGAUAAAAGGAAGGAACUUUUACUACGAUGCACUUUCUGAGGGCCUCAGAAACAAACUUUUGAGAGGAGCUGAUCUCAUCUUUGACCUCCGCCAAAAACCUCCUGGAGAACAUACAGCCAAAACAUCGGCCUACAAGUACAUGAACACAACAAUUUCACUUAUAAAACAAGACCAGGGAACCAAAGGGUUCGUCUCUGUUGCACACAGACCGCGGCCAAGAAACUUUUGGGUCAAAAGCAUCACAGGUCCAGAUGGCCACGAAAUUACAGUCGACGGUGGUUUUACAAGGGAGACUAUUGAGACAUUCAAAGUCUACUAUGGAACUAACGAUUUCACCUACGAGAAUCCACUAGUCAUCGUUUUAACGAUGAGUCUAGACUACAAGGGGAGUAUCACCCGUUUGUCUGAAAAGUAUCUUCUGUCAAGAAACGGAGCUAGAAACGUCUGGGAAAGCCGUAGAAUUUGUGGAAACGUGGAUUCGUAUAGGCGUAAUGACUUCUGGGAAGUGCUGGAAAAUAUAUCUCGGUACGGCAGACUGAAGGUUGAAGAGUUGUCUCGUGAUAUUCAGAGGCAACUCGUAGACAUCACCAAGAACCUCACCAUAAAUUUCACCAAGGUAUACUCACCUGAAGGCCUGUAUGCCUCCAACAGAGCCACUGUCCACUACAGAAAGGACGCAUCACCUGCUGGUUAUAGUCUCGUUCUGCAUGCAGACACUUUCCCCAGUUUUACGGUCAAGAGGAUUAGAAUAAGGGAUGGAAAUGAGCUCACCGGGAAUAAACUUCCUCCUACUAACACAGUCUUUGGGAGAUUUGCUGUUUACUAUGAUGGCAAAGACUACAAGACUCCAGUCCUCAUUGAAAUGAUCUGCACGUACAAGUUGGUGAGGGGCUCCUCCAAGAUAAUCUACUACUAUUCCAAGGAUGAAAACGACAAAUGGGUGGGCUACAAACUGGAGGUUAAAGUAUCAAUCAGAGACGAUGGUCUGGAAGACCACACAGCCACAGAGAGCUUCCUCAGACACGUUCGGUGUAACAAGAACAACAUACGCAUUGGAAGUCUCAAGAAUGAAGUCAAACAGGGGAAGCUUGACGAGUACAACCCGUCGCCUUUGGACGAUUCUGAAAAUGGACCGGAGGAAGAAGAUGAGGACUAUGAGAAUUACAAGCAGAGAGGAGUCUCGUACUCCAGCAGCGCUAUUUUUGGAAUAACAUCUGCCGUAGCCAUUGGAAUAAUGCUCCUCGUAUUUGCAGGCCGGAAGCUCGCCACAGUCACAAAAGUUUACUUCGUAAACCGACAUGUUUUGCUUUAA